AUGACCAUAGUUAACAAGCCAAAAUCUUCUAAAUCUAAAAAAUCAUCAUCGAGGCGGUCUGACAAAUCUAAGACACCGCGUACUAAAAAAAUGACAUCACGUACCGCAAACUUGAGCCGUGUACCACCUGCAGAAGAUCCAAACAAAGUCUCUGACAAAGGACCCGGGGGUGCUAUUUAUUGCAGAUCAUCUCAAAAACCUAAGCCUUUUGCCCAAAGAGAUCUAAUUGUUAAUGACGGAAUUGCCCCGCCACAAAGGAUUCUUUUUCCACCUGAGAAAAUUUGUAUGGAUUGGCAACAAACACAAAGUGUUGGAGUUGGACUGCAGAAUCUCGGCAACACGUGUUUCCUUAAUUCUACCCUACAGUGUUUGACCUACACGCCUCCUCUUGCCAAUUACAUGCUCUCUCUUGAACACACCCAGUCAUGUCAUGAAGAAGGCUUCUGUAUGAUGUGCACGAUGGAAACGCACAUUAACCAGGUCCUUUGUUGCUCUAAUAAUGCCAUCAAACCUACAUCUGUUAUCAAUGGCCUUAAAAGAAUAGGAAAACAUUUCCAUUUUGGCAGUCAAGAGGAUGCACAUGAAUUCUUAUGCUUCACUGUUGAUGCUUUGCAGAAAGCUUGCUUGAAUGGAAGCACCAAAUUGGACAGAUCUUCUCAAGCCACCACACUUAUUUAUCAAAUAUUUGGAGGAUAUCUCAGAUCCCGAGUGAAGUGCUUGAACUGCAAAGCGGUUUCAGAUACGUACGAGCCAUUCCUUGAUAUUACUUUGGAUAUAAAGGCAGUUACAACUGUCACCAGAGCUCUGGAACAAUUUGUGAAACCAGAACAACUGGAUGGUGAAAAUAGCUAUAAGUGUAGCAAGUGUAAAAAGAUGGUUCCUGCGUCAAAGAGGUAUACGAUACAUCGUUCUUCCAACGUUCUCACAAUAUCACUGAAAAGAUUUGCAAAUUUUACAGGUGGAAAGAUCAACAAGGAUGUAAAAUAUCCUGAAUACUUGGAUCUUCGAGCAUAUAUGUCCCAAUCAAUUGGAGAACCACUCAUCUAUGCUUUAUAUGCAGUUCUUGUACAUAGCGGUUUCAACUGUAACGCGGGACACUAUCUCUGCUUCAUAAAGGCCGGUAAUGGACUUUGGUAUCGAAUGAAUGAUGCCUCGGUAGAACUUUCUGAUAUCAAAACAGUUCUCAAUCAGCAAGCUUAUGUACUUUUUUAUAUCAGGCGCUAUGAUUUGACACUCGGAGAACGUGCUUUUUACUUACCAGCACCGUCUUAUCCCCGUUCAUUCCUUGGUCAGCGGGGGGCUAAUAGUAAACAGGCUGGAUUUAUGGGACCACGACUUCCGCCUCAUAUGAUUAAGAAUUCAAGUCGUUUAAAUGGAAAUGGACCCCUAAAAGAGGAUCCAAAUACUGUUGGUGUCACCCUACAAAGGCCAUCUUCAGCUCCGCCAACAGCUUGUGUUCAAAACUGGACAAUUACCAGGCCUUCGAAUACGGAUCCAUCAAAAAACCAGAAGAUCACUAUCAGUAUUCAUAACAAAAUGCCUGCACGCCAGACUGUGUCCCAUCCUGACUGUCUUACCAGUGCUAUGGAGAAAGAGGAUCUAAGCAAGCCUGUUCCUUCAUCCACUAUUACAAAUUCUUCUGCAGCAGAGUCUACCUCAAACGCAUCUACAAUGGCAGUUGCUACUAACAUUUCCAAACAAGAAGUUCCUGAUGAAAUUUUUGCUGAGCCAGCAGUGAAUGGAAAUCCUAAACUCGGCUCUGAUAACACAGUCCAUUACAUGGCAGAACCUUCAGGAAAAUCUGAGGAGUCGAAGGGCUUGUUUAAAAGGAAUUGCAACAUCUUAUCUUCUAACGGAAUUCUGAUUGGAAAGGUGGUCCGCACCUUGCAGAAUUCCCAUUCUUCCUGUCAGACUGCUGAAGAAGAAAGAUCCCAGCUUGAGCUGCCAAAAAAUGAUUCACUAAAUGGUGCUAUUAGUUUAGAUAAUGAAUCUAAAGAAAAUGGACUGAAACUUGAUGAUUCCACUUGCCAAGUCCAACCUGUUAAACCUUCUGAGAUUUUCUUUUCUAAAACAAAUGGAUUGCUUGAAACAAUGCCUAUAGCUCUGUCAACGGUUCCUCAAGAAUUAAUCUUAGAAUCUCUCUCAUACAGCCAGUUGAACAGCUUGUCAGAGGAAAUAAGUGUCCCUGGACCUCAGAAAUCUUCUGAGAACGAUGCUCUUAUGGAAACUGUAGUGAUGGAAGCACUGUUUGCCUAUGAAGAAUCCAGGAAGGUUCCUUCCAGCUUUAGCUGUGAGGUUGGGAAUCUUUUCACUCAACCAGAUUCUGAAACUAUUUCUACCAAAGAAGUUGCUGAAAGUAUUAUAACAAAAGCUGAUAAUGCGCAUCCCAAUAUCAAUGGUCAGCACAAGGUCAGGAAAAAAUCCUUGGACGCUGAAGAUGAAUUCCUUGGGCAGCGUGAGUCUGAAGAUCGUAGAGACAAAGACAAACUGAGAAGAUCAAAAGAACCUGAACUCAUUUCAAAAGAAAAUCCUUUGUACAUCAAAGGGUCUCUUGAGAGUGAAGAGAAAUUAGGGCAAACUUCCUCUAUAAAGUCUGACAUUGAAUGUAGUUCUAAAAGACUUGCAUCUCUAGUUAUUACAGAUAAAUGCCAAGAUACAAAGGACAUUUCUAAUAACUAUGUAGAGGUACCACCUGUUAAUGACUCUUCUAUUAUGAAGCUGGAUAAAGUUUUGGAGAGUCAAUUUUCUAGAGAAAACGAGGGACUGAUUAAUAAAAAAUACGAAGAAGAUAAACAUAGGAAAAAAUAUAAGAAAAAAAUAUAUGACUCUAAAAAAACUGACAAAGAGCACUACCGAAGGAAGAGAGAACACUCGGACACUGAAGAGAGGGAGAAGGAGAAGCAAAAGAGAAGCAAACCAGAUGAGCAUUCCUACAAGAGGAGGUGCUCUCGCAGUGUGGAAACCAAUAAGCAAAACCGUCAUAAGCAGGAGUAUUGCAGUGAAAGCAAGUACAGAUCUUCCCAUACUGAAAGAAACAGUCCAAAUAACAGCAAAAGCUCAGGAAAAUAUUCUCGUUAUAGAUCCCGAAGCAGAGAAAGAACAGAACAAGACAGGAAUAGGUAUUAUCAUUCCAAAGGAGAGAGAACUUGGAGCAGAGAAAGAUACUAUCAAGAUGAACCACGGAGAUGGGACAAAUGCAGAUACUACAACGAUUACUAUUCCUCUCGUGGAACAAGAGAUGGCAGAGAGAGAAACUCCUCUUAUUGUGAUAAAGACUUUGACAGAUCGAGUCAAUCUUACAACAACAGGUCACAUAAGGAUUAUCACUGCAAAAGCAGAUGGUCUCACAACGCACUCGCUAGAGAGGAAGACAUACAUCACUUCAGCAGCCACAGAGCAAACUUACAUCAUUAUUCAGUACCUCAGCAGCAAUCAUCUGACAAAUAUUCUCGUGAAAGGCAUGCACUUCCAUCUGUGUCGGCUCAUUCACGUUUUGAGGACUCUUCCCGGGAAAAUGAAAAAGAAAAACUAGGACAUGGAAAAAGAAAAUAUACGCCCACCGAAGGAAGUGAAAGCGAAAUAGAAAAGAAAUGCCGAAAGAUAGAUGACCAAAGAGUGACAAAAUACAAGAAGGUCAAGAAGAAAAAGAAGUCCAAAGAUAAACAUCGAGAGAAGGAUUACAAACUUUAUGAUUUGGAUUUCUCUGUGCUCCGCUUUGACAAUGACAAUCGCAAACGUAAGAAAAAGAAGAAAAAGAAGAAACAUAUCAGGAAACUGAAAGGCUUCUUGGAAUACUUAGAUCCUCGUUUCCAGAAGAAAACACGGGAGAAGAAGGAAGAAUCCUCUCCUCCAGGCGGCUAUUCACGUGAGCAAUACAGAAACCAGGGCAGUAAACAGCCCUACAAGGAAGGGAAACCUGGUGCAGGUGAAAGCAAGAAAUACAGCUCCAUCGCAUCCAGUGAGUACGAUAAAGACCUGCCUUCUCCCGAGCGCACCGAGCUCACAGUUCUUAACCCUCCAGAAGACAAUUCGCAAUUUAACAGCUGGAGAUUCUCUCCCUCGGCGGCACUGGCAGCGCAGCGGCCGUUAGCGGCCGAGUGUUCAGGCACUGAGAAGCGGCGCUCCGGCUCCUGCUGGUCCCCGCAGUGGUACAGGGCGAGCGAAAACGAAGAGCUGAAGAAUUGCGCCGGUUCUGGCGCAGCACGAAGGGAGAAGCCCCUCGUCCCCGGGGGACCUCUCCUCAGCGUGGCCGAACCCGACAGACGCUGCGUUAGCCACCGAGCGGCCAGACUUCGUAGCUACCCCUGGACGUGA